AUGUUUGACACGGUUUGCACCCUCCCGCUUUCGUCGGACCUGUUCGCUCAGGCUAUCCACCCUGAGGAGCCCGUGGUCUCUGUCGGUCUGGCCUCGGGCCAUGUACAGACUUUCCGACUGCCUUCCUUGGACUCCGAGGAAGACGACGAUGACGCUUCUCAAUCAUCUGCCCGCAAUGGAAAGGGCCACAUUGACACCAUGUGGAGAACCCGGCGACACAAAGGUAGCUGUCGCACCUUGGGAUUCGGCACUGACGGCCAAGUCCUUUACUCGUCUGGUACCGAUGGGCUCAUCAAAGCUGCCAGCUCUGAGACUGGUCAAGUGCAAAACAAAAUUGCGAUUCCCUUCAACAAGAGCGGAUCCAUUGAUGCUCCUACCAUGAUUCAUGCUCUCUCUCCACAAACUCUUCUUCUCGGUACCGACUCCAGCGCUCUUCAUCUCUACGACCUCCGCAUCCCGUACUCCAAGGUUUCUGCCCGACCUGAGCAAUCGCACCACCCCCACGAUGACUACAUCUCCUCUCUCACUCCCUUGCCAGCCUCCGAGACCAGCACAUCUGGGUUUAGUAAGCAGUGGGUCACCACGGGCGGUACAACUCUGGCUGUGACAGAUCUGCGCCGAGGUGUUCUUGUGCGCAGUGAAAACCAAGAAGAAGAACUGGUCAGCUCGGUUUACAUGGGUGGCUUGGCAACGAGUGGAACCAGCAAGGGCGAGAAGGUCAUUGUCGGUGGCGCUAGCGGUAUCUUGACUCUUUGGGAGAAGGGUCAAUGGGACGACCAAGAUGAGCGUAUCUACGUCGACCGCAGUGCCGAUGGCGGAGAUUCCGUUGAAACAAUGGCAGUUGCCCCUGACUACUUGGGCAAGGUGGUUGCUGCGGGUCUUGGAAACGGAAAGGUUAAGUUUGUGCGCAUGGGACCUAACAAGGUUGUCUCCGAGGUCGUUCACGAUGAAAUCGACGGGGUUGUGGGCCUGGGCUUUGAUGUCGAAGGCCGUAUGGUCUCUGGUGGAGGCCAGACUGUAAAGGUGUGGCACGAGGCCGAAGACAAUGUCGAAGGUGGAAAUGACGACGUGGACAUGAUGGAUGAUAGUGACGAUGACCAAGACUCGGAUGACAGCGAUGUACCCGAGGAACGUGAAGACCCCAAGGAACGCAAGAAGCGCAAGAAGGGCAAGAGCAAGGACCAGAGUGGUGGGCAGCAUGUGAUGGCCUUCCACGACCUGGACUGA